AUGACAAGAACGGAUGAGAAGUUAGAGGCUCAAGCCAAGCAAUUGAAAAUGCUUGAGAUACAAGUGGGACAAAUUGCCGAGUCUAUAAACAAUCAACGCCAACAAGGGCAAUUCCCAAGCAACACAAUCGUGAAUCCUAAGGAGCAUUGCAAGGCCAUUGCUCUAAGGAGUGGGACAACAUAUGAAGAGCCCAAGAUGCCCGACGAAGAAGAUAGAAGUGGUGUUGUGGUUGAAGUUGGAGAUGGCAACCCUUCCAAGGAAAAAGGAGAUAGAGGAAAGAAGAAGGAAGUGUACGUGGCUCCACCACCUUAUUGCCCACCAAUCCCUUUUCCUCAAAGACAUCAAAAGAAGAAUGUGGAGAAUGAAUUCUCCAAGUUUCUUGAGAUUUUUCGAAAGGUGCACAUCAACAUCCCACUUGUUGAAGCUUUGAAACAAAUGCCCUCCUAUGCAAAGUUCCUAAAGGAGGUCAUAUCAAACAAGAGGAAGAUGGGAGAGAAUGAGACGGUCAAUCUAACCGAAGAGUGUAGUGCCGUUCUCCAAAGGAAAAUACCCACCAAGAUCAAGGACCCCAGGAGCUUCACAAUCCCUUGUGAUAUUGGGAAUGAUCGCUUUGGGAAAGCUUUGUGUGACUUGGGAGCAAGUAUAAAUUUGAUGCCGCUCUCAAUCUUCAACAAGCUAGAGAUUGGCACCAUCAAGCCAACCACAAUUGCCCUUCAAAAGGCGGAUCGUUCCGUUUCUUAUCCAAAGGGGAUAGUAGAAGAUGUCCUAGUGAAAGUCAACAAUUUCAUCUUCCCGGUGGACUUUGUUGUUUUGGACAUGGUGGAAGACAAAGAUGUGCCUUUGAUUCUUGGGCGCCCCUUCUUGGCAACGGGGAGAGCCCUCAUUGAUGUUGCUAAGGGCGAACUCACCCUUAGAGUAAAUGAUGAGAGCUUCACCUUUUCAAUCCACAAGGCUCUCAAGUACAAGGAGGAAGAAGAAGAAAUGAGGGUGGAUGAAUGCAAGAUGAUGCAAGUAAUAGAGUCUUGCAUCAACAUGGAGGAGUACCACACCUACAACAAUCCAAUGGACACUUGCCUCCUAAACCCUCUAUUCUCUUUUGUUGAUAAUAAUGAGUUUAAUGCUUCCAACUUAUUUGUUGAGACUAAUGAAAUGAACUUUGUGCAGGAAAUUUCACAAGGAGAGGCAUAUUUCUUGGACUUGAGGAAUGGAGAGCCAAAAGAUGAAGGAGUGGAGAAGAAGACUCCUAGCUUGGAGUUAAAACCUCUUCCCGAACAUUUGAAAUACGCCUUCCUUGGUCAGGAUGAGGCGUAUCCGGUAAUCGUAUCAUCCUACCUUUCUCCUCAUGAGCUUGAUCAAUUACUAAAUGUUUUGAGGAAGUAUAGGUCCGCUAUAGGAUGGUCAAUUUCCGAUUUAAAAGGGAUUAGCCCAUCCAUUUGCAUGCAUAGGAUCUUGAUGGAGGAUGAUUUUAAACCUAGGAGGCAAGGUCAAAGACGUGAGUGGGUUAGUCCCACUCAAGUUGUUGCUAAAAAGGGGGGGAUAACCGUCAUAAAAGAUGAGCAUGAUGAGCUAAUUGCAACUAGGUGUAAGGAAACUAACCUUGUGUUGAAUUGGGAAAAAUGUCAUUUUAUGGUUAGGGAUGGAAUUGUGCUUGGACACAAGGUCUCUAAAGCCGGAUUGGAGGUGGAUCGAGCAAAGAUAGUGGCUAUUGAGAAGCUUCCACCACCAUCCAAUGAGAAAGCCGUGAGGAGCUUCCUUGGGCAUGCCGGGUUCUAUCGAAGAUUCAUCCAAGAUUUCUCAAAGAUCACCAAACCCUUGUGUCACCUUCUUGAAAAAGAUACAAAGUUCAACUUUGAUAAAGAUUGUUUGGUGGCCUUUGAGAAACUCAAAAAGGCUUUUGUGAGUGCUCCCAUCUUGAUAACACCGGAUUGGUCGCAACCGUUUGAGCUCAUGUGUGACGCAAGCGACAUCGCCGUCGGGGCCGUGUUGGGGCAAAAGAAAGACAAGCUAUUUAGAGUCAUCUACUACGCUAGUAGGACUCUAGAUAUGGCUCAAUCGAACUACACCGUCAUGGAGAAAGAACUUUUGGCGGUUGUGUAUGCCUUCGACAAAUUUCGCUCCUACCUCAUUGGCACAAAAUCCAUUGUUCACACCGACCAUGCAGCCAUCCGGUAUUUGUUUGAGAAGAAAGAUGCCAAGCCGAGAUUGAUAAGGUGGAUCCUCCUCCUUCAAGAGUUUAAUAUUGAAAUCCGAGAUAGGAGAGGAUGUGAAAAUGUUGUGGCGGAUCACCUUUCAAGACUUGAGAAUCCCGUGGAAGGGGAAAAUGCAAAUGUGCCCAUCAAUGAGAACUUUCCCGAUGAGCAAAUCUUGCAAGUCAAGGCCCACACCCCAUGGUAUGCGGACUACGUCAACUAUCUUGCAUCCGGCAUUCACCCACCGCCCAAGUUGAAUCGUUACCAAAGAAAAAAAUUCUUUCAUGAUGUGAAAUUCUUCUUAUGGGAUGAACCGUUCUUGUAUCGAUGA